GACCACAUUAUUUUUAUUUGUUUUUGUUUGUCACUUCCUGGUGAUUUGAAGAUAUUUAUUUUUGUUAUAAAAUCAGCUUAUUUUAGAUUAUUCUAACGGGUCACAACUGCUCAUGUGGAAACGCCAAAAUAUUAUAAAGUAGGCUACUUUCAAAUUAUUCCACGUUUAUUUAAAAAUCGCAAAAUUAUUACAAAAUGACGACCAGCGAUGCUUUAAAAGAACUUGUGGAUGUAACCAGUAAUGUUGAAGAAGUGGCGCAUGAACUAGAGGCUUCAGAUAUCAAAUCUAAUGAGAAACGUCUCCGGCAGAGAAUAUCUUCACUCCAGACUUCAAUAAUGAACUUGAAGGAGCAAUUAAAAUUAGAAAAAGAGCUAUGGAGAGAAGAUUUAGAACAAAUUCGGAGCCUCCAGCAGCAACAACAAGAAAUGAAAUGCUCAUGUGCUCACAGAGUAAAAUCAAAGGAAAAUGUAAAGUGCGAUAUUCUCAGUAAAACAAGCAGCGUUUCUACAAUGAGCAGUGGCGAAACUACGUCGAAAAAAAAGGAGGAUAUUUUGAAAACUCACUCAAUUAAACAGUUGUUGGAACUGCAAAAUUAUAAAAGAAAAUUAGCCGAAACGGAAAAUAUGUGCAACUUGGAGCUUACCAGAGUGAAACAAAGCCUGGAAGAUUUGAAGACUUUGCAGACUAUUGCAACGGGGUGGGGACAAAAUUCAGAAAAAAUUGAAAACGAACGGAAAUUUAGUAAGAGUGAGGGACAACCUAUUCGCGAAAUUUUUGUGAAUAUGUAUUCCAAACAUGAAUAAAGUUUUUGCGAAUUUAAAA